GAGAAGAAGAUGUUUCACUGUGGAGUUGGAGACAGAUGAGAAAUCACUGUCAGACGCUCCAAACGGGAAUAACGACGCUCUUAUUUGAAUAAAGACAGUUUCUUCAUCUAAUGUGGACUAUUUAGAGGAGUUUAAGAUGCAUACAACCCGCAGUCCUUCCGCAUCCAUCCAGGCAGGAGCAGCUGGAGACACACUGGACCUCAGUUUAAAUGGCUCUCAGCUCACAAUGGGCCGCAGACCGAGCAGCGCUUCUCCUGGAAAACACUUCUCUCGAUCCAUAUCUGUGUCCGUGGCAUACGACGGCCGAGGCAAGCGAAACACAUUGACUGAUGCUGGAUUGGGAAGCUCACGGGCAAUUAAGAACCUGCGUCGAUCUAACAGCACCACACAGGUGAACCAGCAGGCCAACACAAGCCUCAGUGAAGGCCACACAGAAGACUUCCUGGCUCUCUUCAACAGCAGCUCUGAUGGACGGCGAAAACUUGCCAGCCUCUCCAAGAUGUCCAAAGAUCGAACCACCUGGAAUAUUCUGGAUGACCAGCCGAGAGUGUUCCCUGUACCCAGCAGCUCUCACAGUACCUGCAGUAUGGAUUCUCCUACAGGCCUGAAGAAAAGGGAAGCUGGAGUCUCUUUGGCUGCCAACUUCACUGCCAACAACAGGAGUAAUAAAGCAGCUGUGGGUAACGCAGUGACCACCAUCCUUCAUAACAACCACUCAGAGAAACCCCUCACUCCCAAGAGCUCCAAUCAGAAACCCUCCUUUAAUAACCUAAUCAAAGCCACUGUAAAUGACGAUGUGACGCUGGAUGUGAGCGGUUCUCUCACUAAGUCUCAGAAGAACUUCUCCUCUGCAUCAUCAAGCUCCAACAACAACGCUCCUCGCAGCCCUCGAAGCCCAGGUCAGCCACGCAGACGAGAGGUCACCGAGGAGGAGGCCGAAAGGUAUAUUCAGCAAGUGAACCAUGCUGCUAUUAUCAUCCAGCGUUGGUAUCGUCGACAUGUCAGCAGUAAGAGAGCUAAUGAGAAUACAAUCAAACAGCUCCUUGCAUCUAAGAAGAAGGAGAGAGAGCAGAGAGCAGAAGAGACAAAAACCACAGAGUCACUGAAAAAGAAAGAAGAUGAUCGAAAACGUAUCAGAGAAGAGAAAGCACGUCUGGCUCGACUCACUGCCAUACAGGAGUUGCAGCAUAAAAGAGCUCAACGAGCAGCAGAGGUACAGCAAAUCGCAGAGCAGGAAACAGAGGCACUACGGCAUCCUGGGAAAGUAGGGCGUAAAAAACUCACCAAAAGUUCACCCACUUCUCCUACAGAUAUCAAGGCUAAAAAUACAGAUUCUAAUGUCAAUGUGGUGUCUGAUCUGGAUGAUGUGACGAAUCUGAGGGCUGCUUCGCCUGCUGGUUCUGCUUGCAGAGUAUCUCAGUGUUCUCAGGAGAUCCUCCAGAGGUCUGUGAGCAUGGAGGAUCAGCGACAGGGGGCGUCAUCGAGCAGAGCGCAGUCAAAAACCACUCUCAAUGACUUGUUGGACACUCUGAAGCUCUUAGAAGAGGAGCCAGAGAGACUGUCAGAGCCUAAGAGCUACAGGAAGGACAAAUAUUCCUGGAUUGACGAGGAUGGAGAUUCCAACUCCCUGACGACUGAUAAUGUGGAGCGUCACAGACAGCUGAGUCAAACUCCAGCUCUUCCAGAUGGGGGCGCUCUGCUCUCAGAAGCCAAACUGCAGAGCAUUAUGAGUUUUCUGGAUGAGAUGGAGAAAUCGGAGCAGGAGAGACCACGCUCAGUCACCUCUGGAUCACAUAGAGAGGUGGUGUUGUCAGAGGAAGAUCUAGCAGUUGUUGAACAAGCCUCGGCCACAGCUGCUGAGGUCACCGGCUCUAUGAUGAGACUCAGACUGGAGCUGGAUGAGAAAAAACGCACCGUCAAUAUGCUACAGACUGCACUGGCCCAGCAGAGGGAGCUGACGAUCCGACAUGUGAAGGAGACAGAGAAAGAGCUUAAUCAUACGUUUCAGCUACAGAAAGAGCAGUAUGAAGCUACAAUACAGAGACACCUGACAUUUAUAGACCAGCUGAUUGAUGAUAAAAAGGCCUUGAGUGAACGCUGUGAAGAAGUAGUGGGUGAACUCAAGCAAGUGGAUCAGAAAUACACUAAGAAGAUCGCCCAGAUGCAGGAGCAACACGAGUUGGUGUGGCAAAUUCUGGGUCCCAUGUGUGAGGAGAUUAAGAAGCUAAAAGAGUUAAUGAGUGCUACAGAAAAGGUCCGACGGGAAAAAUGGAUCAACGAGAAGACCAAAAAGAUCAAGGAGAUCACUGUAAAAGGUCUAGAACCCGAAAUUCAGAAGCUGAUCUCCAAACACAAGCAGGAGCUGAAGAAGCUGAGAGUUCUCCAUGAGGCAGAGCUCCUCCAGGCGGACGAGAGGGCCGCUCAACGCUACGUCAGACAGACCGAGGAGUUACGGCAACAGCUGGAGAAAGAAAAAGAUGAACAGUGCCAGAGAGAAAGAGAAUUGGCUAAGCAGAGGUUCGAGAAGCAGCUGCAGGAAGAGGAGAACGUGCUGCAGCAGCAGAGGAGGCGUCUGUAUAAAGAAGUGUCGGAGGAAAAAGAGCGUCUCACACAACUGGCAGCCAGGCAGCAUGCAGAACUGGAAGACUUAAGGAAGCAGCUGGAGGAGAACAGCUCUUUGGCUGGAAGAGCAUUGAGAGAAGAGCUGGAGAAGAGCAGGGAUGAGCAGGAGAGACGUCAUCAGGUUGAAAUAAAGGCCCUGAAGGAACGACUCGAAAUUGAGAAACAGACAUGGGAGGAAAAUUAUAUGAAAAAAGAGGAAGCAUGGCUGUUGAGUCGAGAGAGGGAGCUGAAGGAGGAAGUGCGUCGUGGAAGAGACAAAGAGAUCGAACUGGCCAUUCAGAGGCUGGAGGUGGAGACCAGAGAGGCCAGAGAGGAGUGUGAGCGAGCAGCUGACAACCGGAUGAAGCGUGUGAGGGAGAAAUAUGAAGCCGAGCUAAGGGAUCUGGAGCAUUCAGAGCGGACAGCGCUGCAGAAACAGCAGGAGAUGAGGGAGAAACACAGUGAGAUGGAGGCCGAGCUUCUCCGACUGCAAUCUCUUUUACGACAGCGAGAGCAGGAGAUAAGCGACCUCACCCAGACCCGUGAUAAGUUAUCAGAAGAGCGUCGCAGCCUGUCAGAAGUCAUCAGACAAGAGUUUGCGGAGCGGCUUAUAGAGCUGGAGGAAGAGAACAGGAGGAUGAAAAUGGAGGUCUCGGAAGCCAAAGCUCGACUCCGCUUAGAAAUAGAGCGAGUGACCAGAGAAAAGGAAGAGGAGCUUGCAGAAGUGCAUCAGAGAGUGAAGUCAGCUAUAUUGAAGAAGGAAGAGACUGUUAACAACCUGCGGAAGCAACAUGAGGCUGCAGUGAAGAGAGCAGAUCAUCUCGAGUCGUUGCUGGAGCAGCAGAGAAAACAGCUGUUAGGAAAAUGAAUGACAAGUUAGGGCACUGAACCCCCUAGAGAUCCCUUCCCUUCUGUCAUACCGUCCUCUUGCACAAAGAAAGCGUUUCUUUAUUUGUUUUUGUUUUUUACAUUUCUUUGGUUGUUUGGAUGAACUGAUGGAUUCUGGAUGGACGUUUUGGUUCCACCAGACCUCUCAUCCAUAAAGGCGGCCUUUGUCAUUCCCAUGGGAACAAGGCAAGAAAUAAGAGAGGAAUUUAAUCUUCUCCAUGACUCCUGGAGAGGCUUUUGUGUCGUCUCUCUUGCACGGAUAUGACCAAAUUACAGACUCUUUUCAGCCACCGCUUUCACACAGCAAAUCAAAUGAACAGUAAUUAAAAUUGAAACACAAUUUCCUUACUAGAGUUUAGAUCCAGUCUGUUGUUGAAUCUUACAGACUCGUGAAAAUCUGCAUAUUUCACCCCCCAUACUCAGAAAAUAUAAAUCACAAUUUGGUCCCACAUUAAGUGGCCUUAACUACUAUGUAUUUACAUCAAAAUAUAAGAACAAUGUACUUAAUUUGUUCAUAAUGUAUUGCAGAACACUUCUGGUGCUCUUUGGGUCAGGUUUGCUAGUAUGGGUAGGUUUAAGGGUGGGUUAAUGUGUAAGGAACAGUCAACAGUGUAAUUGCAAAUGUAAUUACAUAAGUUUAUUACAGAUGUGAUUACAUGCAGAUAUUUAAUCAGUCAAAAGUACAAUGUAAAACAUUUAUAAAUGGAAAUAUUUAAUAUUAAUAUUCAAAACAAAUGAUCAAUCAGUGUAAAUACAUAUUAGUUAAGACUAUUGAUAUAAAGUGGGUCCCAGAAUUUUACUUUACCACUGCAAAUUAAAGUGACAGUUCACCCAAAAAUGAAGAUUUAUUAUCAAUUUACUCACCUUGUAAUUUCAAAUAUUUAUGAGUUUCUUUUUACUGUUGAACACAAAGGAAAUACGUUGACAGAUAUUUGAAAUCAGAGCCAUUGAAAGGGAAUGCCUGCAACAUUCUUCAGAUACCUUCUUUUGUGUUUAACAGAAGAAAAAGAUUAACCUCAAACAAAAAACCAACAUAGGCUCAUUCUGAAAACGUAGUCCUAUAUACAUUUCUGGAGAUCACGAAUUAUGUUGGCUGAGCUACGUGUGGCUGCUUUUCAUUUUAUGCAUUUCGCUUACCUCUGUAUGGACGGAUUUUCUGCUGUUACCAGUUUGUCUGGUAGCUCGACAUGUUCGUCGGUGGUCUUGAGAUGCAGAGCGGAGUUGACCGCUACAACGGGGUUCGAGUCCGGUGAAGAACAGUUCCAUAAAGCUUAAGACAAAAACAGAAUCCAAAAAAUAAAAUAAACAAGUAAAUAACAGGGUGAGAAUGUGGUAAAAUCUGAAAAUGUGGUAAAAAUCAGGGUUUUUUUCCAUUUCUGGAUUGCUUUGUUAAACAUUGCGGUUAGGUUUAGGGAAGGGAGAGGGUGGGUCAGUCGAUUGGUCGAUCAGUCAGUAGACAGUCAGUCGAAGCGGCCUCUGGUGGAUUUACGUGAGAACAGCAGGAGCGAAUGGCACUCGCAAGAGAAAUUUGAGAUCUGAAAAAGCAUACACAGCGCCCUCUGGUGGAUUCGCGAAAACAAAAACUGCAAAAAAACAUAGCUCCUGGGACGUAUUUUUCUCUCACCAGAAAUGUAUAUAGGGGUACGUUUUCUGAAUGAGCCUGGGUUGCAAAAAACAUUAUAUUGCAGAAAUAUAUUAUUUAAGUUGUAAAGUAUUUAUGCAGCAUGAUUUUAUGUUUAAUUUAUGCUUGUGUUAUUGCUAUUUUCACUCCUAAUUUAGUAAAAAAAAAUUUAAAUCACACUCAAAAACUUUCUAAAGUAGGCUAAUGACAGUUCACAUUGUGGUAACGUGAUGAAUCACCAUGGAAAAUGUGACGAUGCAAAAUAGCAGUUCUUACAUUUGAUUAUUUGGAAAUGGGUGUAAAAUCUGCACGCCUUUGUGAGUUUCACCCAAGAAACUGGAAAGCCCCAUUUCGCCGGGCACAAAGGCAUGCACAGUAAACUGUUCCAGAUGUUUCUGUAACCUCAUGCCGUCUCCCCGUCUCUCCUCCACACUGAAAUAUAGGGAAAUGGGUGGAGAUUACAGUGGACAGGAGACGAGGGAGGAGAAGUUGGCUUUGAAAUGGAGCAGAGAAGUUAACCCUUCAUAUUAAAGAGAGGAGGCUAAUCCCCCAUCAACACAAACAUCCCCACUCCCCACUCCUUUUGUUGUUGAAUACAGAUACCUUUUGUCCCGGUGCCUCACAGGGCUGUUUCUAAAUUACAGGAGAUGUCCCAGAAGCCCCCAGGAAACCCAAACAUGCUCACACAGAGCCCUCGGUGAAGCCCAGCUCUAGUUCAGAUGUCAGGGAGUGAUGGCAGCGCAGCUAGAAGAGAGAGAGAGUUUUAGAAGGUAUGUUGGCAGUAAAGCUGUAGAUGGACAAGAUAAGUAUAGAGUGUCUCCUUAGGUAGACUGUAGAUUGAGCGGCUCUCAUGGUACGUUUAUGUACAUGAUGAGAUAAGGUUGAGGUUGAGAUGGAUGUAGAAAGUUGGGUAGAUGAAUGAAAAAUAAAAAUUCAGAUGGUUAGAUAUUUAAGAGCAGUGUGUACUGUAUGAUGGGACAGAAGAGCUGGGUUCAUAUGGAGCUAAGAAUAUGCCAAAACAAUAUGAAUUUGAAUUGCGUUUAAAUGACCAUUGUAAUUUAAUAAAUCUGAAUUUUCGUUUGCCAUUAAAUUGGUUUUGAAUUUGAUUUUCUUAAUUUGAAUUUGAAUUUCUUGACUUGAAUAUUGAACAUCUGAAAUGUAAGACAACUGAUUUUUUAAAGGUUGAAUUUAUUUAUUUAAAUAUUUUUAAAGAUUUAUUUUUGACCUUUUUGCCUUUAUUAGAUAGGACAGUAAUGAAACGGGAAACAAAAUGGGAGAGAGAGGAGGGGGGUAGCAUUGGGAAAUGUACUCGAGCCGGGAUUCGAACUUGGAACGCUCUGACGUGCUGCUGCACCAUAUGUCGGUGCGCUAACCACUAGAAUUUUUUUAUAGACGUAUUUUGAAACCUCCGAUUUUUUUGUGUUCUGAAUUGAUAGACUGCAGCUAUCCAGUUUGUAAAAAUACAGUUUAAAAAUUUCAAGAUGAAGAAAUUCAGAACAUCAAAUUCAAUAUUCUAAAAUUCAAAACCAGAAAUUCAGAUUCAGCAGAAAGUAGUUCAAUAAUUGGUCAAUAAAAAUGGGAAAAUGGUCAAUAGUUCAAAUGAACACAAUUCAAAUUCAGAUUGAUUUGGCAUAUUAUUAGCUCCAUAGGUUCAACAAAAAAGUGACUAUUGUUUGAUGAAUAUGGUCUUCCUGAAUCAACGUUGUCUCAAAGUCACAUAAAUUAGCCAUGGAAAUGAAAUCAAAUUAAAUUGUAAAUAAAUAUAUACGUGUGUGUGUGUGUGUGUGUGUGUGUGUGUGUGUGUGUGUGUGUGUGUGUGUGUGUGUGUGUGUGUGUGUGUGUGUGUGUGUGUGUGUGUGCAUAUGUAUAUGCGACACAUUUUUAGAGUAAAUGGUGCAGUUGUUACAGUAAUAAGUGCUAAAUGUAUUCAAACUGAACUGAAAAUUAAAGUAUAAUAGAAAAUAAAAGCAAAUUAAAGAAACUAAAUUACUAAAGGUUCAAAUAAAACUGUAAAAUAUAUACUUUGAAAAUGUUAAAUGAGAAUAUUUAUAAAAACACUUAUAGUAUUUCAUUAAAACAGAACCAUAAUACUGCUCCAAGCCAUGUAGGAAUGUCUGAGCAAAUUAUUAUUAUUUUAUUUAAUUUCCAAUCAUAUUUUUUAAAAGUUGUCUCUAAUUUAUUAGCCUGAAUAAUAGCAACUAAAAAGACCAUCAAAAUGACAUGGAAUUUAUUGAGAGAUAAUAACACAGUGCAUCCUGGAACGACAUCCGCCAAAUGGAUUUUAGAGUAAGGUGUUGGAGUGGUUAGUUUUAGGACUUCUUAUCACAUUCUUAUCAAUCUUUCUUUUGUAAAGGAUUGCUUAUUUGGAAAUUAAAUAUUUACACAAAUGUCAUCCGGUUACUACCACAUAAUAUUGAUUCAGGAACGCCUAUUUCUUGGUUAGAUGAUAUCACUCGUGAUGCUUGACAAGUAGAACGUGUUACGUGAUCAGCAUCCUUGUUGAUUCAGAUUUGAGAGAUAAGUUUUCAAUGUUGUAUGCCAAGUUUAGGUUUAGAAGCAAGGAUUAAGGGCUUCUACAUCAUACUGGUUACCUAUUUUACCCUCAGGAUAUGUUAUAAAUAGAGAUAGGUUUGUUGUAGAAUUUUUUGACCAAAAAUGUUGCUCCAGAAUCUAAACAAACUUGUCAAACUCAGCAUGACUGAGUACAUUCUGCAGCUUAAAAUAAAGCUAAAUGCAUUCCAAUCAUUUUUGGUUUUCACAACGUUAACAAUGCAUUUGAACCCAAGAGAGGAACAGAAACAAAUGGGGUUGGGGAGCUGGAGCUGGGGUUGCAGGAUGCGGGGGAGGUGCUUUAAAACUCCCCAAACUCUCCAUUGUUUUGACGUCUUAUCUUUUCCCCCUUUCCUGCAAAACAUUCACAACAAUUGCAUCCCUGCUCUAUCAGGCAACACACAUUUUAAGUGGAAAAAUUGCAUCACAUGCCAGAAAAGCAUGUUAAGCCUGUUAGUCAGUUUAGGCAAAUUUGAGGUCCUCCAUUCUAAGGGAACAUACUUAAAAUGCUCUGUUGAAGUUAAGAAGUGCCAAAGUAAAUCGCUUAUCAUAAGUUGAACAAUCAACUUCCCACUGCUUGUUAUGUACCAUUUUUUGUUUGAUGGAUUUUAUUGGUCAGAUUCUUCCUGAAAUGUGAGUGAUUUAGUGAGUAAAGCCGUGCUGAAAAGGUCAGAGUGAAAAGUGCCUCAUUCCUGUUCUCCAAUGAGUGGAUCAGGUGUCUCAUUUCAGGACAGAGAGAGGGACCCCAGAGUGUCCUUGCUGGAGUAUAGAGCCGGCUCUGUCAUGGUAAAAAACUGUGGUGCAAUUUAGUGAGUCACCUGUUGACAUCACACUUAAAUGUGUGUAGGUGCAUCCGAGGUCAGUUGGAUGCAGUAUAUUAGAACCGACCGGUGGGAGGUUCAACACAUUACGGCAUUCUGAGAAUGUUUCAAAUGCAUUUCAUGAAGGUUAGAAGUUCAUUUUGGCAGCAGAUGCAGGUCCUUGGCUGUCUUUCUGUCUUCGAAUGGCAGUGUGCUUGGCAUGGCCGGUGUGUGUCAGAUGCGCUCGUGCCAAUAAGCCAUUCUUUUGUGAGUGUAGUGUUUAAUAUCCAAGCGCCGGUCGCCAUUUUACUGGCCUGUGGUCUGAAGAAACAUGGCUUUUAUUAUAUGAUAUUUUACCCUUAAAUUUGACCCUUUUAAGUUUUGUUGUUGCAUGUUUAAGUUUUUAAGUAAUGAAAUGUGCCCUUUAACGUGUAGCUCUUACUUUAAUUCUUCCUGUCUUUUGACCAAGUUUAAUAGUUGAUUUCCAACAGUGAAGAAAAGAAUCUUUGACUUUGUCCAUAUGAAAAUAAAUCUUGAAAAUGA